CUUGCCAGCUUUGGGUUGCCCGACGCCCAGGCGUCUCAUUGUCCUUCCAGAGCUCCCAGAGACCUAUGGGCCUGGUCCAUGAAACGAAUCCAAGAAUGCCGACAGAAACGCCUUCCACGUUUCGGACGCUCACGCUACCUGGCCGGUGUGUUCAUCCGCGCCGCCGGUUACGACGCUUAUUCGCCAGGCGUCGGUGGUCUGGACGACUCGGAUGACGAAGAGCCUGCGGCAAUGCUUGGUAGGCCAGCAACGGACAGGAAAACCGGCAACGACGAUAUGCUGAUGGCGGUGCUAGGAGCGGCCAAGAGUAAACGUCUCAAGAACGUCCCCAAACUUCAGAGCGUUGCCAGGCUUGGUGGCAUCUACCUUCCGCCAUCCAAACUCCAAUAA